AUGUCCGCCACCGACUCGUCUCCAGGGGUGCACCCAACCAAGAAGGACUCGGCAGACAUUACGAAGGGCGAAACCGUGGUGGACCUCGCUGUGGCUAGCACGGCCGAGGCAAGCGCAACCUCCCACGCCUCCAAAUCCACACCUACCCUCUUCUCCCUCAAGGGUCAAGGCGUCCUCAUUACUGGCGGAGCGCGCGGUCUCGGUCUCUGCAUCGCCAUCGCCCUUCUCGAGGCCGACGCAUCUGCGGUAUACUGCCUUGAUAUCCUCCCCUCACCCAACGCUGCCGAGUGGGCGAAAGCCGAGGAAGUCGCCAAGGCCAAAGGCUCAAAGAUCGUCUAUCGCCAGCUGAAUAUCACGGAUGCCGAGGCGGUCCAGCAGGUCAUCGGCACAACAUACGAAGAGAAUGACAAGGAGGGCAAGAAGGUGUCGAUCUCCCGCUUCUUUGGAGCGGCGGGCAUACAGCUCAUGUGCCCCGCGGUGGACUUUAAGCAGGCGGACUUUAGGCGAGUGAUGGAUAUCAACGUGACAGGCAUGUUCCUUACGAUCCAGGCUGCCGCGAAGGAGAUGAUUAAGCGGAAGAUCAGCGGAAGUAUAGCCAUGACCGCUUCCAUGUCGGGCACAGUUGCAAAUAAGGGGCUGGCAUGUAUCGCCUACAACAGCUCCAAAGCGGCUCUCCUACAAAUGGCGAGAUGUGCAGCAGCAGAAUGGGGUCCGCACGGCAUCAGGAUCAAUACCCUCUCCCCAGGCUACAUCCGUACAGCAAUGACGGAUGCCCUCCUCGCUGAGCGCCCCGACUUUGAGGAAGAGUGGACGCGGGGCAGUAUGCUGGGACGGUUGUCCACUCCGGACGAGUUCCGUGGACCCGUGCUUUUCCUGUUGUCGGAUGCUUCGAGCUUCAUGACCGGGGCGGAUCUGAUGGUGGACGGUGGGCAUACGGCUUGGUGA